ACAAAUUUCCCCAUAGGGUGGAGUCUGAGCAGAAGUGCCUUAAAUUUCUCACUCUGAGGUCUGUCCUAUAAAUCUGCAAGGAACUCUUGAGAGGUUGGUUUGUGUUUUGGUUUUCUUUUUAAACGCGACUCAGAUCUGUGAACCCCGUCGGAAUUCUAGCCGCAAACAACUUGUAAUGGAGCCUUUCCCCCUUGAGUUACCAGCUGACACAGUGCAACGUGUGGCAUCUGAACUUAGAUGUCACCCGACAGAUGAGAGGGUGGCCCUCCACCUCGAUGAAGAAGAUAAGCUGAGGCACUUCAAGGAGUAUUUUCAUAUUCCCAAAAUGCAGGAUCUGCCUUCAGUUGAUUUAUCUUUAGUGAAUAAGGAUGAAAAUGCCAUCUAUUUCUCAGGAAGUUCUCUUGGCCUUCAACCAAAAAUGGUUAAAACAUAUCUCAACGAAGAAUUAGAAAAGUGGGCCAAAAUGGGAGUCUAUGGUCAUGAAAUAGGGAAACGUCCUUGGAUUACAGGAGAUGAGACUAUUAUAGGCCUCAUGAAUGACAUUGUUGGAGCCAAUGAGAAAGAAAUAGCCCUAAUGAAUGCUUUGACUGUUAAUUUGCAUCUUCUAUUGUUAUCGUUUUUUAAGCCUACACCAAAACGGUAUAAAAUUCUUCUAGAAGCCAAAGCCUUCCCUUCGGAUCAUUAUGCUAUUGAAUCACAGCUUCAACUUCAUGGACUUGACAUUGAAAAAAGUAUGCGGAUUAUACAGCCAAGAGAGGGGGAAGAAACCUUGAGACUAGAAGAUAUUCUUGAAGUAAUUGAGAAGGAAGGAGACGCUAUUGCAGUGAUCUUGUUCUGUGGGAUACAUUUUUAUACUGGACAGCUCUUUAAUAUACCUGCCAUCACAAAAGCUGGACAAGCAAAGGGUUGUUUUGUUGGCUUUGAUCUAGCACAUGCAGUUGGAAAUGUUGAACUCCACUUACAUGACUGGGGAGUCGAUUUUGCCUGCUGGUGCUCCUACAAGUAUUUAAAUUCAGGAGCAGGAGGUCUUGGUGGUGCCUUUGUCCAUGAAAAGCACACCCAUACAAUUAAACCUGCGUUAGUGGGAUGGUUUGGUCAUGAACUCAGCACCAGAUUUAAAAUGGAUAACAAAUUGCAGUUAAUCCCUGGGGCUAAUGGAUUUCGAAUUUCAAAUCCCCCCAUUUUGUUGGUCUGUCCCUUACAUGCUAGUUUAGAGAUCUUUAAGAAAGCAACUAUGAAAGCAUUGAGAAGAAAAUCUAUUUUGCUAACUGGUUAUCUGGAAUACAUGAUCAAGCACUAUUAUGGCAAAGAUAAAGAAGGAACCAAGAAACCAGUUGUGAGCAUAAUUACCCCGUCUAAUAUAGAGGAUCGCGGCUGCCAACUCACAUUAACAUUUUCUGUCCCAAUAAAAUAUGCAUUGCUAGAACUAGAAAAAAGAGGAGUGGUUUGUGACAAGCGGGGUAAAAAUGGCUUACGAGUGGCUCCAGUUCCUCUCUACAAUUCUUUCCAUGAUGUUUAUAAAUUUAUCAGCCUGCUCAGUUCUGCACUUGACUCUGCAGAAAGAAAAUAUAGCAAUGUUAUCUAAAAUAAAUUAAGCAAAUAAUACUGAAA